AUGGUAGAAGUGUCUGACGAAUCCAUCCAACAGUUUAUGGCAUUAACCAAUGUGUCACAUAACAUAGCGGUGCAGUACCUCUCAGAAUUUGGAAAUUUGAAUGAGGCACUGAAUUCUUAUUAUGCUACUCAAGCAGAUGACAAAAAGGAUAGAAGAGAGGGAGCACAUUGGAACAGACAGCAGGAAAAAGAGUCUAAGCAGGAGGCAUUAUCUUCCACUAACUGUAUUAAAAAGGCUAUGGAUACGGAAAAUAUCGGUGGGUCAGGGCACAAACUGGGAUCUUCACAAGGUAGUAACGAGUAUUUGAAAAGGAAAAGCUCCAUCUCCCCUGAACCAAUCAAAGGCAACAGCCGCUCUGGAAGUGGUAAUAACUCUAGGUUUAUGAGCUUCUCAGACAUGGUAAGAGGUCAAGCUGAUGAUGACGACGAUGAUCAACCAAGGAAUACUUUUGCUGGUGGUGAAACGUCUGGUUUAGAAGUUACAGAUCCUUCAGAUCCCAGUUCAUUAUUGAAAGAUUUGCUGGAGAAGGCAAGAAGAGGUGGACAAGCAGACCCAGAAAACGACACUCGUGAUGAUGGACAUGAGGUUGGCGCCAAUCACUUUACCGGAAGAGGUUUUAGAUUGGGCUCGACCAUCGACGCAGCUGAUCAAGUAGUAGAAGAUAAUACUUCACAACCCCAACGUAGAAAACCCGAAAAGGUCACAAGGGAAAUUACCUUUUGGAAGGAAGGUUUCCAAGUGGCGGAUGGUCCGCUUUACCGCUAUGAUGAUCCCGCAAACAGUUUCUACUUGAGCGAGUUAAACCAGGGAAGGGCUCCCUUGAAGCUAUUGAAUGUGGAGUUUGGACAAGAGGUAGAAGUUAAUGUAUAUAAAAAAUUGGAUGAGCCCUAUAAAGCUCCCAAAAGAAAAUUGGGCGGUUUUUCUGGCCAGGGUCAGCGGCUGGGGUCUCCAAUUCCAGGUGAAUCCUUAUCACCAGUGGAAGUUCCAAGGGAUGAGGCACUCGCCGCUGAGGAAGAGUCCAAGUCAAAGAAUGAGCCAAAAAAUGGCGACACCUCCAUUCAAAUUAGAUACGCAAAUGGUAAAAGAGAGGUUUUACGUUGUAAUUCCACAGACACAGUGAAGUAUUUAUAUGAUCACGUCACAUCUAGUGUGAAUACGGACACAUCAAGGAAUUUUACCCUGAAUCACGCCUUUCCUAUCAAACCAAUAAACGACGAUGAGACCACCUUAAAGGAUGCCGAUCUACUAAAUUCAGUGGUCGUCCAAAGAUGGGCAUGA